AAUCAACUUUGUCUGCCGCGCACCAUUCCAAGCCACACUCUCGCGGCUAGUCUCGCGAAGCUUCACAAAGGGCUCUUGCUUUGUAGCGCGGACCUCGAAAUUUGGCAGACUGACUGAGGCUAACCAAGGUACCACCAAUCUACUAACCAGACAACGCCGGCUCCCUGUUUUUGGUUCUUCCUCUUUUCGAAUACAAGCCCGUUUAGCUCGGAUUCACUGUCGGACGAGAAGCUCGGCUUAGCACUGUCUCGCACUCGACAACAGUUCCGUGCUGCCCAGCCCACCACCAUGGCGCCUGCCACCCGUGCGGAACUGCCCGCCAUGACGGAGCAGACUACGCCAAAGACCAUGUCGUCUCGCCUAAUGACGAUGAAGUUCAUGCAGAGGGGCGCGGCGGCGACGGCGGCGGCUGCGUCGGCCUCGGGAGCCAACUCCCCUGCCACUCCUAAGACGGACAACGAGGGGAACUCUACGAAGCGCCGAAAGACCAACCAUACGCCGACCGCUUCCACCCCGGUCACGCCCCUCUACGACCAGAAGAUGCUUCAGGCUGCGCUGGAGGAGGAAGACAGGAAGCGCAAGGCGGCUGUCGAGAAGCGCGCUGCCGAGCUGGGCGACUCCCACUGGGUCCUGGAUGGCGUCGCUGCCCUGUCCAAGGGCGGUCCGCACCAGCCGUUGAAUGUUGUCCAAGUUGGUUUCGCCCAGAUUGACCACUCAGCCACCGCGAGCGACAGCCCGGAUGGGGCCUCGCUCGGAGCGGUUAAUGCAUCUGCCGCCGGCCAUUUUCUCCGGUUCAAUAUGAAGACGUCAAAGGCAUGUUCCUUUUCAUCGCCACGACAGGGGACAGAGAGUUCUAGUAAAGAAGACAAUGACAACAGCGAGAGCGAGAGCUCGGAAGAAGACUCCGACGAGGACCAGAGCUCUCCAGAGUCAACAGGAGAGGAGCCGGAUCGUGGCGGGCGCAACGACGCCAGGCAGACACCAGCCAAGCGGGCCAGAUCCAGUGCCAGUGCAGUGUUAACCAAGAGAAGCGAGGAGCGGAAGAAGGCGCAGCUGCUGGCCAAGGAGCGCCGGAAAAAGGAAGUCAAGUUGAACACACUGACUUCCAUCUCUUCGUCAAGAACCCCGCCCUCCUUCCAGCAGCGAUCGUCCUCUGCUCAGUCUUGCCACGGCUGCGGGAAAUUCGGCCACAAGGUUGCCGAGUGCCCGAACAAGAAGAAGCGUUGA